AUGUGGGUUCUUCUUUAUCGUUUCGAAAUCUGCCUCAGAUUGUGGCCUUCCGCGGCUGUGCCAAGAGGUUCCGAUGGCGCUUCUGAUGCUGUCUGCCCACCUGUCCCAAGCGCGCCACCUGUUGAUCCUGAGCCCAAAGUGUGCGCUGCGCCUAGCACUGUCGUCGCGCACAAUCGUAACCAACGUCGAAAUUCACAACUGGUCGUUCUCGGGAGAGUAGGCGAAACCAUUGUAGGUACUGAAAAGCUGCUCAAGCGCCAGUCCCAAACGGCCAAUACUCCUCGCGCAGCAGUGCCGGGCGCAUUCGCAGGUCGCACAGCUCUCUGGAAGCAAUCCGGCAGGUCGGAGGGGGUCGCGGAGGGCCAGGAGCGGACGGUUAAACGCAGCGAAUUGUGCAAAAGGGCAACGGACAAAAAGGGCAAAAGAAGUAAAAAGAGAAAAAAAGCAGACUUGGGAGAGGUGGGAAAGCCGGCUCGAAGCUUGCUUGCAUGUGUGUGGAGGGAGGUGGAGUUGGGAAAGUGUCGAGGCGUGGUGCGAAAGUCUAAAACUGGGCAGCGUGAGCCAGGAAAGCACUGGGACAAGGCGGAAAGCGGAGGAGACGACACGCAACCGCGCCGCCGGUGGGGCAGUGAAUACGGCUGA